AGCUGCCUGGAAUGGACAAUGAAACUCAGACCCGUCACACUUGUGCAGGCAGAGGAGGAUGACUGUGAUGAUGAAGACAGGGAGUGCAGCAACACUCUGGAGGAUGAGGAUGAGAUGCCCACGUUUGACAUUCCUCAUUUUCAUUACAUUGAUGAUGAUGAGGAGGAGGAUGAUGAUGGUUAUGUUGUAAACAGACGGCGCUGGAGCGGCUCUUGUUCGGCGUGUUCCUCCUCUGAGGACGAGUACCCAUCCGAAUCUUCCUCUUCUGCUCUGUCCCGCAGGUAUGUGGUGGUGUCCGGGACGCCCCAGAAGAUCCUGGAGCACCUGCUGAGCGACCUGCGUCUGGACGAGCACCAGGGGGCGACGGAGAGCAAAGAGGCGGAAACGCUUCUGGAUGACUUCCUGCUGACGUAUCUGGUGUUCAUGUCCACCAGUGAUCUCUGCCAGGCGCUGCUGGGACACUACUGUACGAAGCGCUGCCGGGGGAAGGAGGAGGGAAAGGAGGCCCUCUACAGGAAGAGGAAAGUACUGCACCUGGUGUCUCAGUGGAGCACGCUGUACAAGGACUUCCUGCGAGAGGAGGAGAACAUCAAGCUCUUCAUGAAGACGCUGUAUCGAUACGUGCUGGAAGACGUUUAUGAGUUCCCCGCGCUGGAGAAGGACCUGAAGGAGUUUCAGAAACUUCUGCGACGGAGACAUACGGUGGACGACUAUUCUCCACACCAAAAGAAUAAAGCGCUGUACCAGCAGCUGAGUCUGAAGGAGAACUGCGUCUCUCUCCGAGGAUCUCCAGUCGAGAGUAAAGAAGUGAUGUGCCGCGUGUACGUGAGCUCUGAUUCGUAUCUGAGCGUGCGGGUGAAGCCGGCGGUCGUGGCUCAGGAGCUGCUGCACAUCGUCUCUCAGCGCAUGGACCGAUCCGAGGACGACAUGAUGCUGGUGGUGCAGACGUACAGCGGAGAGAAGCGCGUCCUUCAGCCGCACGACAGUAUUUACUCCGAGACUCUGGAGGCGCCUGGCAGACUGAUCGCCUGUCGAAGAGACCUCAGCGAGAUCCUGCCGCCCCUGACUGAGUGUCCUGAGCUGGGACAGAAGCCCGUCAGACUGCUGGGCAUCAACACAUGGGACGUAUCUGUGGCUCUGACAAACUUCGACUGGAAUCUCUUCAACUCCAUUCAUGAGCAAGAGCUGAUCUUCUACACGUUCAGUCGUCAGGCCAGCAGUGGCCACACGGUGGCGCUAGAGUUCCUGCUGCAGCGCUGUAAUGAGGUGCAGCAGUGGGUGAUGUCUGAGGUGCUGCUCUGUCCAUCGCUCAGCAAACGAGUGCAGCUGCUCAAGAAGUUCAUCAAGAUCGCCGCGCACUGUAAAGCGCAGAGGAACCUCAACUCCUCGUUUGCCAUCAUCAUGGGCUUAAACACAGCCGCCGUCAGCCGCCUCAACCAGACCUGGGAGAAAGUUCCUGGAAAGUUCAAGAAGCUUUUCUCUGAGCUGGAGCUGUUGACAGAUCCAUCCAUGAAUCACAAAGCCUACAGAGACGCUUUCAAGAAGACCAAGCCGCCCAAAAUCCCCUUCAUGCCUCUGCUGCUCAAAGAUAUCACGUUCAUCCACGAGGGGAACAAAACAUUUCAUGAUAAUCUGGUGAACUUCGAGAAGCUGCACAUGAUCGCUGAUACGGUGCGACUCAUUCGCCACUGCCAGACGGAUCAGACAGGAAACGAGCUUUCUCCGUGUGACAGUCCUGAGGUGCGCUCGAGCGUCCAUUACCUUCACAUCAUCGACAAUCAGCAGACGCUGUUCGAGCUCUCGCACAGACUGGAGCCCCGAGUCUGAGAGAAACAGAAGCAGCGCCACCUGCAGGACAAACGGAUCGAUUCCGACUGAAACACGAUCAGUGACUCUCUCAGAGCUCGAUCACAGCCAAACCAGUCAGUCCACUCGAGCACACGGACUGAGAACUCCACAUACGUGAUGAUAAAACAUUUAUUUCUUCAUGUAAAAAACGAUUAGUGGUCAAUGAAAGCUUUUUCCUGCCCGCGGGAGAAGUGUGAACUUUCUCAGCAUUGCUUUGUUGAAAUGCUGUUGUCAAUGUUAUUUAACUUCUACCAGCACUCUGGACCAUAUUUAUAUAGGAAUUUAAUAUUUCAGAUUUUUAGGGCUGGGCGAUAUAAUCAUAAU